GCAGCAGCAUCAGACCUUAUAUGGCAGAAGAAGACAUUAGCAGCGCAUCUGAUUGGGGAACUGCUGCUGCUGCAGUCAGCUCGCUCGCUCUGUAAAAAUGCUGGCCUGGAGCAGCCUGGGGGACGCUCAACACACCUACUAGCACAUACAUAACCACACAGCGCACACACACACACCCCACAUACAACUGCUGAAGUAGAAAAUGACAGAAAACGAAAAUGAAGGUGUAUUUCAUUGUCGACGCUCGUGUGUUUGUUGAACCUGGGCUAGGUUCACAUUGUUCAUGGAUUACUGGGGCAAGGCAAAACCCCAUGCACAUCAUUAGGCAACAUGUCUCAAGACCUCAUCAUCAACCUACAGAACCACACAAUGUUGCCUUUAAAAGAAUGGCCAGAAGACCAAAUAGGGGUGGGCGUCGACGCAUCUUCAGCCUUCAACAGGAGAUGUCAAUAGUAAACAUAGUUCGAGCCAACAAUGCUAUCCGUCUCCACCAGCUCAGAGCUGAAAUCCUGGCUGACCAAGGGACAUUUCAAAAUGUCAAUCAGGUCAGCAUAUCAACUCUUCGCCGGAUCUUGGAGAAGCGCAGUGUCACGAUGAAGCAGCUGUACCGAGUCCCAUUUGAAAGAAAUGAGGACCGGGUUAAGGAACUUCGCCGUACAUAUGUUCAGAGAGUCCUGGACAUGGAUGGAGCUGACCAAAUACAUGAAUUUAUUUUCAUUGAUGAGGCCGGGUUCAACCUGUCAAAGAACAGACGUCGGGGGCGCAAUAUCAUUGGGCAAAGGGCAAUUGUGCACGGCCCUGGGCAGCGUGGUGGAAACAUCACAUUGUGUGCUGCCAUAAGUCUUAGGGGGUUACUUCACCACCACUGUAAAAUAGGUGCAUACAACGCCCAAAACAUCAUUGCAUUCUUAGAUGCACUUCAUUUCACUGUUGUGCAGGACAGACCAGACCAGCCCAGGUUUGUUGUUAUCUGGGAUAAUGUAAGCUUCCACCGGGCUGCUCUGGUCCGUGACUGGUUCGACAACCACAACCUAUUUGAUGUAAUGUACUUGCCCCCUUACUCGCCAUUUCUAAACCCAAUAGAAGAGUUUUUCUCUGCCUGGAGAUGGCGUGUGUAUGACCAUCAGCCACAUGCCCGUGUGCCUCUUCUUCAGGCAAUGAACCAGGCCUGCGGAGACAUUGAUGUCCAGGCAAUACAGGCAUGGAUAAGGCACUCCAGAGCCUACUUCCCCCGAUGCUUGGCAAGGGAGGAUAUUGCCUGCGAUGUAGAUGAGGUCAUGUGGCCAGACGCAAACAGAAGGCAGGCGCCAUAAUUGUUUUAUUUACGUACUGUAAAAUGCAGGCCCCAUAAUUGUUUUUUUGAAGUGCUUUUGUAAAGUUGUUGUUGUUUUGUUUUUUGAAGUGCUUCUGUGUAGUGGGCCUACUAUUGUUUCAUUUGGUUUUUAUUUUUACUUUGUUUUACAGUAGUUUAUGUACUGAAGGCUUUUCGAGUCUACAUCAUUGAAUAUUUCUGUUUUGGGGUUGUUAUGUGCCUUAUCUGCUUUGU